AUGUAACAAAUAAGCUGCAGCUUAGCGAUCGAGAAAACCCGAACCCACACAACACGGAGAGCCGAAAGAACAAACAUACACACUGGCAUUGACUGACAAGAAGCUGCAAAAAUGUCCCAGUGGCAUCAGCUCCAUCAGUUGGAUACGCAGCUCCUGGAAAAAGUGGACCAGUUGUAUGAUGACACCUUUCCUAUGGAGGUCCGUCAGUUCCUAGCACAUUGGCUGGAACAGCAGGACUGGGAUCUUGCCUCGAAUAAUUACUCUCUGGCCACCCUUCUGUUCAAUAAUUUAUUAAAACAAAUAGAUGACCAGUAUAGUCGUUUCUUCCUAGAAAAAAACUUUCUGCUUCAGCAUAAUCUGAAACGAAUUAAACAAAACCUUCAGGUGCAGUAUCUGGGAAAUCCUCUGCAUAUGGCAUCCGUAAUCGCAAAUUGUCUCAGGGAGGAGCGGAGGAUUCUAACAACUGUGAACACACCUGAGCAGGGGCUUGAGGAAAAAUUACUACAGAACUCCAUGAUUUCAGAAAGACAAAGAGGUUUGGAACACCGAAUGACUGCCAUAAAGACCAAUACACAGUUGGUAGAACAAGAUGUCAAAUAUCUUGAGGACCUGCAGGAUGAAUUUGAUUUCAGAUACAAGACACUACAGACGCAAGAACACAGUGAUAGAAACAGUGUUCAUGUGAAGGAGGAGGUUUUUCGGUUGCAAGGAAUGCUCAAUCAGCUGGAUCAUAAACGAAAGGAGGUCCUCCAUAAAAUCGCAGAAUUGUUAAACCAAAUGGAUUUUCUAAUGAAUAGACAAUUGUUUGAAGAGCUAACAGAAUGGAAGCGACGACAGCAAAUUGCCUGCAUUGGAGGUCCACACAACACCUGCCUUGAUCAGCUGCAGAACUGGUUUACAUUGUUCGCAGAGAGCUUAUUUCAGGUCAGAAGACAGCUGAAAAAGCUAGAAGAAUUGCUGCAGAAGGUGACUUAUGAUGGAGACCCAAUGCCUCUGCAGAGACCUCAUUUGGAGGAGAGAGUGAACAUUUUGAUUUUCAGUUUCAUCAAAAGUUCUUUUGUGGUAGAGAGACAGCCUUGUAUGCCAACCCAUCCACAGAGACCAAUGGUCCUAAAAACAGGAGUGCAGUUCACUGUGAAAAUAAGAUUUUUGGUAAAAUUACCUGAGCUGAAUUAUCAGCUAAAGGUGAAAGCUACAAUUGACAAGGAAAGCUCAACAGCAAGAGGGUAUCGCAAAUUUAAUAUAUUGGGCACGAACAGCAAAGUAAUGAACAUGGAAGAGUCGGUCAAUGGAAGUCUUUCUGUGGAAUUCAGACACCUGCAACUGAAAGAACAGAAAUCUUCUGCAGGAACUAAAGGGAAUGAGGGUCCCUUGAUUGUCACAGAGGAGCUCCACUCAAUCAAUUUUGAGACGCAGUUUUGUCAUCAAGAUUUGGUCAUAGAUUUAGAGACCAGUUCUUUGCCUGUAGUAGUCAUCUCCAAUGUGAGUCAGCUGCCUAGUGGCUGGGCGUCUGUUAUAUGGUGCAACAUGCUAAUGAAUGAUCUCAAGAAUUUGGCUUUGUUCACCAACCCACCCACUGCCACUUGGAGUCAGCUUUCAGAGGUGCUGAGUUGGCAGUUCUCCUCUUACGUGGGACGAGGUUUGAAUUCAGAUCAGCUCAACAUGUUGGCAGAGAAGCUGCUGGGACAACAGCUGAGUUACAAUGAUUGCCACGUUUCAUGGAAUAAGUUCUGUAAGGAGAAUCUCCCUAAUAGAUUCAGUUUCUGGUUGUGGUUAGAUGGAAUCCUGGAACUCAUCAAGAAACACCUUUUGGCUUUAUGGAUAGAUGGGUACAUCGUGGGAUUUGUAAGUAAGGAGAAGGAACGUGCUUUACUGAAGGAUAAACCAUCUGGUACAUUUUUACUGCGAUUCAGUGAGAGCAGCAGGGAUGGUGCCAUUACUUUUACCUGGGUGGAUCGAUCUGAGAAUGGGGAAAUGAAAUUUCAUUCAGUGGAACCUUACUCCAAAAGCCAAUUGUUAGCGGUUCCUCUUCCUGACAUUAUCCGUGAUUACAAAGUAAUGGUGGCUGAGAAUAUUCCAGAGAACCCGCUACAGUACCUAUAUCCUGAUAUUCCUAAGGACAAAGCUUUUGGAAAGCAUUACAACAAUAAACCAAAAGAAGUCUCUGAACCCACAGAGACAGAGAAGAAAGGCUAUAUUUCUUCAAGGUUUAUCCCAUUCUCUGAAUUUCCAAAUGCUUCCACAGCUCCAGUUUCAUCAUCAGACCUACUUCCUAUGUCACCAGGAGUAUAUGCUGAACUGAAACAACAGCUGAGUCCAGCAGAAAUUGAGACUGCUGUAUGUUUUGAAGCAAUGAUUUGACUGAAGCUAACUUCCACAGCUCCUUUCACUGAACAAACACUGUAUAAACCUACAUAUUUCUAGUAGCAUUUAAUUUCAAGGAGUUACAAAGAGCUCUUUUAUAACAGCGUAAUUGCAAUGUGGAAGGAAAACUAGGCAAAAAUAUAUUGGCAUGAUACUACAAAUUACAUCAAUGUAAUAUUCAAUAGCUGAUUUAUUGCUGUGUUACAGAUUUGAGUUUCAGACAUUGUAUCGAAAAUUUGUCAGACCAAAGUUACAGUGCUUGCUGCAGCUCGUUGUGGGUGUCCUGACCUCAGCAAGAAAGGAGUUGUGUACCUAAGUAUUUGAACACACAAACAGAGCUCCACAACAUGGGAGGCUAAUUUUUAAAAUUAUGAGAGUUACAAACAGGAAUGUUGCCUCUCUCUUAACAUUAAAAAGAAUCAAGAGUAAAUUUGUAAAGUUCCCAGCUGAACCAACAGGUCACUUUGAGACUUAUAAUAUGUGACCUUAGAUCUGACUAGAGGUGCACUGCACACGUUGCAAAGUUCAAGAAAUGUGAGGCUACCUGUCGAUGAUUUCUGAUUUUGGUACACAGAAAUCAGGUCAUUGAGCCAAUUCUCAAGUUAUACUGCCACUUUCAUACUACUCACCUGAAACCACUUUUUGUUGACAACAGGGUGGAAGUUUAAUGAUUAACGUAACAAUAAUAUUUACAUUAACAUUAUAUUCUUCCACAAACUUGUUACAUAGUAACAUGGUCAUAUGCAAUAACAUCAAAAAGUAGCUCCUUGA